CUCCGCCAGCAGCUCCAGCGGCAGCACCAUGGACCUGUCCUUCAUGGCCGCGCAGGUGCUUCCUGUUAUGGGAGGAGCCUUUAUGGACUCACCCAACGAGGACUUUAGUACAGAGUACUCCCUGUUUAACUCCUCAGCCAACGUCCAUGCAGCUUCUUCCAUGCAGAACCCACCAGAAGAGACAUCCCGUUCUUCAAAUGAUGCCAUAUUGUUAUGGAUUGCAAUAAUAGCAACAAUUGGGAAUAUUGUGGUUGUGGGAGUGGUGUAUGCCUUCACCUUCUAGGAUGACUGUCACUACAAACACUGGAAGAAAGGAAAUCUUCAACAGUAUUUGUCAUGUGUAUGUAUGUAUGUGUGUAUAUAUACAUGUAUAUCUAUAUAAAUACAUAUAAGUAGAGACUUUGUUGAUUAAGUGCUGCCACAGUCAUGGAAAUGAAGUGCAAAUUAAUCAUCUUAAGCCUUGAUGGCAGAAAGUUUGGAUGCAAAUUGCUUUGAGGUGAGAGCUUUUUUUGGUGAGAGCCAAUACCAGUUUUGUAUAGAAAUGUAAUAAAAGAGAGAUCAAUUUGGGUAUAGUAAAUAC